AAAUGAUGAAUGAGUGGUGGGAGACAUGUUGCUAGAGCAAAAAAAAAACCUGGCGGAUUCAUGAAUCCAAUUCUUCAGUCACUGCCUCCCUCUAUUAUUUAUAUACAUACAGAGUAGUAAGCUCUAAAGCAACAAGUUACUAGCCUGCAGCUGAGGACGGGAACUAGAGAUUUACAAGUCCGCUUAACAAAUAUUUCAUUCCAUGCAUCCUCAAGUUCAGGCGGAUGCGCCUACUUUCUUCUGUCCAUCCGCGCCUACUGCUAACAAUAGUUGUAGCACUAUUAGUAGUAGUACAAGUCACAGUCUAGCUGAGAAACGGCGGCGUCAGAGAAUUAAUUCACACCUCUCCGCUCUUAAACGCCAUGUUCCUCAUUCUGAUAAUAAGAUGGACAAGGGUUCUCUGUUAGGGUGUGUAGUAGAUCAUUUAAAAGAGUUAAAGAGAAGCUUAGUAGGCGAAAUCAUCCAUCAAGGGUCAGCAAUCCCCAACGAGUCCGAUGAAAUAAUUGUUGAUCACAUGACGGCCUCAACAACCACCAUAGGCGCCACCAACAACAACAAUAACAAUGGCACUGGCAAUAGUGACUGCAGCAACAAAGGAAAGUACAAUGAAAUUUACCUCAUGGCAACUGUCAGCUGUGAAGAUAGGCCUCAGCUGUUCAUGGAUCUCAUUGACGCCUUGAAAGGUUUAAAGAUGUUAAGAACUAUAAGAACAGAGAUAGUAACGUUAGGUGGUAGGAUUACUCUAAACAUAGUUUUGAUCAAUAUCGAUAAUCAUGAAAGUAGCAGUAACAUAAAUUGUUUGAAUUCACUUAAACAAUCACUUAGAGCUGUUUUAGGUAGAGUUAUAACUCCCCCUUCGUCAUCACAUUGGACAUCUACGAGUGGUUUCUCAAGCAAGAGGCAGAGACUUUUGUUCCCGCAACGUCACUCCCAUUUUCCGUGGUAAUUCAUUUUGUAUAUGCAGUAUAACUUUGUUAAAAUAAUAAUUUCUUAAAAUAAUAAAUUUUUUUAAUCCUAACUGGGAUGAAUUUUUUUUAUUAAAAAAAUAUUUUUUGUUGAUGCUAGAGCAAUUAUUUUAAAGAAGUUUUACCCGAUUAUCUAUUAUAUGUUCUGAUCCGGUGAGCAUUAACAAUGUAAAAAUUUUCCAUGAAA